UUAACUGUGGUUAGGGCCUUACCUUUGUGCUGCUGGUAAUAAUUUUGCAGUGAGUGAGGGCUGAGUAUAUGUUGCAGAAAAAGUUAGAAUCUUCUAAAAAGAUGUAUCAGUGUUUAAAUUUAUUGUUUAAACAGUAUUUACCCUUUAUUGAAUACUUACUGUGUUUUGGACAUUGUGUUUGGUAUGUUGCAUAUGCUAUUUCAUUAAUGUUAACCCUAGUUUUACAAACAAGCUGAGAUCCAGGGAGAGAAAGUAAUUUAAUUAGAGCUUUCCUGAUUUUAAGAAUCUGUGCUUUUAUGUCUGACAACAUGUCUGGCAAGUCAUGUAAAUAAGUUUUAUUGUGUAGACUAGGCAAAAUGUUAAGCCAUCUUUAAACCGUUUUCAACUAUUAUACUCUCAGUCUUUGUUAUAAUUUUGUAUUAUCUUAUUCAGUGGGGUUUAGGUAAUUAGAAAAUAUUAAGUUGUUGUAUUUCAAAAAUAGAACAGUGCCUCAGGGACUUUGGCAUUUUGAAUGUGCGCCCUCGUGGCACUGUGUUAAAAGCUUGGCUACUAACCAAAAGGUCAGCAGUUCGAAUCCCACCAGCCACUCCUUGGAAACCCUAUGGGGCAGUUCUACUCUGUCCUGUAUAGUGUCGCUAUGAGUUGGAAUCGAUUCGAUGGCAGUGGGUUUGGUUUUUGAUUUUGUGUAUAGUACUUGAUUUCAUACUUUAAAAUGGAAGAACUUGCAAGAGUUUAAGGUGUCAGUUACUACUAAUGUUAUGUUUAGCCGGGACUUCCUUCCAGCUUUUCUUUUUAAUAACUAAUGACUAAAUAAUAAGGUUUUACGUAUGAAUUUUCAAAAUACAAUAGCUUGUUUGUCACUUAAAAUUUGCCAAAGAUUUCUUGGGACACCAAAAAUGCAAAACAUAAAAAAAUUUUGAUAAAUUGGGCUUCAAUCAAAAUAAAAAACUUCUCCUCUUCAAAAAACAUAUUAAGAAAAUGAAAACAGAAGCCAAAGACUGGGAGAAAAUAUUUUCUAAACACUUACCUGAUAAAGUAUUUGAUUCCAAAACACUAAAAAGCCAACCCAACUUUAAAAAAAAUAACAGAGCAAAAGAUUUGAAUACCAAACAUAUGGAUGACAAAUAACCACAUGAAAAGAUGCUCAACAUCAUUUGUCAUUAGAAAAAUGCAAAUUAGGAACACAAUAAAAUACCACCACGCAUCCACUAGAAUGCCAGAAAUUUAAAGACUGUGACCAGGAUGUUGAGCAACUGGAAAUCUCAUGCAUUGUUAAUGGGAAUGCAGAAAGAUACAGUCACUUUGGCAAACAUUUCAACACACACUUAACAUACAACCUAGCAAUCCCACUUCUAGGUAUUUAUCCAGGAGAAAUGAAAACAUGUAUAUUCACAAAGAUUUGUACUCAAAAUAUUAUUCAGCCUUAAAGAGAAAGGAUGUUCUGAUACAUGCUACAACAUGGAUGAACCUUGAAAACAUUAUGCUGAGUGAAAUAAGUCAGACACAAAAGGACAAAUAUUGUAUGAUCCUGUUAUAUUAAAUAUUUAGAAUAGGUAAAUGCAUAGAUCAUUGGAUUUUUGUUUUUUUGUGAGGAGGUUGUUUGAUGCCUUACUUGGUAGAGUAUUCCUUAUUAAGUAUUAGAGAAAAUAAAGUUUAGAGUAUGGAUUGGAGAUUUGAGGCUCGAAGCUCCCUGAUCCACUUCCUGUAUGUGGUAGAUUGGUUAAUGGCCCCACAAGAUGUCCACAUCCUAAUCCACAGAAUCUGCUAAUGUUACUUUAUAUGGAAAAAAGGACUUUGCAGAUAUGGUUAAAUUAAGGAUUUUGAGAUAGGGAGAUUAUCCUGGAUUAUCUGGUGAGCCCUAAAUAUAAUCACAAAUUUCCUUAUGAGAGAGAAAGUGAAAAGACAAUUUGACUACAGUAGAGGAGAAGGCAAUAUGACCAGGAAGCAGAGGUUGUUCGUGGUGUGGCUGGGAUCCAAGGACUGCAUUGAUCUCUGGAAGUGGAGGAGGCAAGGUUUUCUUCUGAAACCGCCAGAAGGAACCAACCCUGUUAGCACCUUGAUUUUAGCUCCUUAAGACUCCUUUUGGACUUCUGGCCUCCAGAAAUGUAAGAAAAUAAAUUUGUGUUGUGCUUAUCUGUUACAGCAGCAUCAGUGAAAUAAUACACUGUGGUGCACGUUAACUAAAAAUAUGAAGGCAGGGACCUAGGACUGUGGAAUUCAACUCCGUAUCCCCAGCACCUAGAACAGUGCUUUAUGUAAUGAGAUCUUCUUCAUCCUUUGGUGAAAACUCUGCAACAAAAAAUGGCUGCAAACAAGCCCAAGGGUCAGAAUUCUUUGGCCUUACACAAAGUCAUCAUGGUGGGCAGUGGUGGUGUGGGGAAGUCCGCUCUGACUCUGCAGUUCAUGUAUGAUGAGUUUGUGGAGGACUAUGAGCCUACCAAAGCAGACAGCUAUCGGAAGAAGGUAGUGCUGGAUGGGGAGGAGGUCCAGAUCGAUAUCUUAGAUACUGCUGGGCAGGAGGACUAUGCUGCAAUUAGAGACAACUACUUCCGAAGUGGGGAGGGUUUCCUCUGUGUCUUCUCUAUUACAGAAAUGGAAUCCUUUGCAGCAACAGCUGACUUCAGGGAGCAGAUUUUAAGAGUAAAAGAAGAUGAGAAUGUUCCAUUCCUGCUGGUUGGCAACAAAUCAGAUUUAGAAGAUAAAAGGCAGGUUUCGGUAGAAGAGGCAAAAAACAGAGCUGAUCAAUGGAAUGUUAACUAUGUGGAAACAUCUGCUAAAACUCGAGCUAAUGUUGACAAGGUAUUUUUUGACUUAAUGAGGGAAAUUCGAGCCAGAAAGAUGGAAGACAGCAAAGAAAAGAAUGGAAAAAAGAAGAGGAAAAGCUUAGCCAAGAGAAUCAGAGAAAGAUGCUGCAUUUUAUAAUCAAAGCCCAAACUCCUUUCUUAUCUUGACCAUACUAAUAAAUAUAAUUUAUAAGCAUUGCCAUUGAAGGCUCAAUUGACUGAAAUUACUUUAACAUUUUGGAAAUUGUUAUGUAUCACUAAAAGCAUGAAUUGGAACUGCACUGAAAGUCAAACUCACUUAAAAAAGAAAUUAGUGUGGCUUCACCAGGAAGCAAAAGUUCAACCUAUUUCAUAAUUGCCUACAUUUAUCACGGUCCUGAAUGUAGUGUGUGAGCUUGUGUUUCGAGGGCAGUCUUUCUUGAACUGUAAAAUAGAGGUGAGAUGGGGGUGGGGAAUGGGAGGAAAGGCUACUUCCUCUGGCUUAUUAUAAAUCUUAAAUUUUAUAUCAUUUUAAAAUGUCUUGGUCUUCUACUGCCUUGAAAAAUGACAAUUGUGAACAUGAUAGUUAAACUGUACCACUUUUUUUUUAACCAUUGUUAUGCAAAAUAUAGAAGAAAAAGUGAUUGGCAUGGUUGUUGGAUAUUGUUAAACUGAGAGUAAUUCAUCUGUGAACCUGCAUUAAUUGCCUGGUGAUUGAGUUAGAAAAGUGGUGUAAACUUGUACAUGAGAAUUUUUGAAUAUGCCUUAAUUUAAAAAUGAAAAGUACCCGGUUACAUUAUUCUGGGUGUGUCCUCCCUGGCUCCAUGGGCCUGUUACCCCAUGUGUCCUGGUGAGAGAAUACAUGCCUGCUAUCGAGUACAGCUUUUGUAUGGAAGAUUCUUGAGAAAUAACUAUCUGCUAGGAGUCUGUCCAAAUUGAAAAUGUGUGCCAUACUCUGGUUCUUAAAAAUCAGGUUCCAGAGCUCCUUGAUUGCUUUUAAUAAACUGUAAGGUAGUUUAAAAUGAAGGGCCAGCAGAAACUUGUAAGAUGAUUUUAGACUGUACAAGGAGUCAGCACCAGUUAUGCUUCAGUGAACCCUUUAAGCUGCUGGUCCCUGGAAAUCCCUUUCUGCAAGUGGUGAGCAUGGAGGUGUUGGAAGUUUUUAAUUUCCUUGGAGGAGGGCACAGGAAAAACAUCCGUAGUGCUCUAAUGCAUUUGGUACUAGGAUAUUUUGGGAAAAUAUUCAUGCUUGCCACCCUUAAUUUCUAAAUUUAUACUCAUGAGGUAACAGUUUGACAGUAUGGGAGUUAUUAGAGGUAUUUGUAGUUUGUGUUCAUAAUGAAGAACACUAGCUACAUUUUCCUAAAGUUAACAUCAAGUCAAACCCAUAUAUAAGUUUGAAAACUUGUUUGGUGUACAGACCAAACAUUAGACCUGUGUGCUCUGUCACCAUUGUGUGGCGUUUUCUCCCACUGGAAGAAUUCUAGCACAUUAUUUGGUAACAUAAUUUCAUUGGGAAAUAUGCCGCUGUCAGAUUUUCUUUCCUCUUUGGAAUAGGGCUAGGACAGUUAAUUCAACAAAGUUUAUCCUUUUUUUUCAGUCCUAAUUUCAACAGGUCAAGGAUGUGCUUAGGCAUUCCAGGUAACAGGUUGUAUGUAAAGUUAACAGAAAUAGGCAUUUUAGGAACUCAACUCUUUAGAUAUUACAUCUGGCUUGUCAUGUUAAAUAUUUGUCCUUCAAGGAUUUGAGAUGUACAGCUUUCAUAUUUUUCAUAGGCUAUGCCACGUGCAGAAUUAAAGUUACCCGUGUAACGCUGGCCCAGUGGGGGCCCGUCAAUCUCAAUGUGUACUCAUUGCAGUCUUAUUUAACCAGGGGUCCUAACCACUAACAUUGUGACUUUGCUUUGAGACCUUUCCUCUCCUGGGUACUGAGGUGCUAUGAAGCCAACUGACAAAGAUGCAUCACAUGUCUUAGGCUGAUGCCACUACCCGAUUGGUUUAUUUGCAAUUUGAGCCAUUUAAAGACCAAUAAACUUCCUUUUUU